AUGGAGUCCCAAACGACAACGACGACCUCUGCACCGUCCGUGCAGAAUACAAGUGGAGGUGGAAGUUGGGGUGCGUUCCUUAAGUCAAUCGCAUCGUUUAAUGGCGAUCUCUCCAGCCUGACCGCACCGCCUUUUAUCCUCUCGCCGACCAGCCUCACCGAGUUCAGCUCGUACUGGUGUGAACAUCCUUCAGUUUUUGUUGCCCCUUCUAAGGAGUCCGAUCCCGCAAGGAGGGCACUCCUGGUGCUCAAGUGGUUCUUGACCACUUUGAAACAGCAGUAUGCCAGCCGGAGCGAGCAAUAUGGAAACGAGAAGAAGCCCCUGAAUCCUUUUUUGGGGGAGCUGUUUCUCGGAAAAUGGGAGGAUGAAGCUGGGGUUACCGAGUUGAUCAGCGAACAAGUUAGCCACCACCCUCCCGCAACGGCUUAUAACAUCACCAACCUCUCCAGCGGUGUGCGUUUGGAGGGCUACAAUGCCCAGAAGGCAUCCUUUUCUAAGACCAUUAAUAUCAAGCAGAUCGGUCAUGCUGUUCUCACUGUUCCAGCGCCUGCCUCUGACAGGCCCGACAAAUACCUGAUCACCUUGCCCUCCUUGCACAUUGAGGGUCUUCUGCUGGGCUCCCCUUUUAUUGAGCUGGAUGGCUCCUCCUGGAUUACUUCAUCUACGGGCUAUACGGCGAGGAUUGACUACAGCGGCCGGGGUUGGAUUUCUGGCAAGAAAAACUCAUUCACUGCCAUUCUCUACCCCACGGGCAAGGAAAAAGAGGUCUUGUUCAGCAUCUCCGGUCAGUGGACCAAAGACUUUGAAAUCCACUCUGGCCCUUUUAAAUACAACAGCAAAGAUACCAUAGUUGAUUCCUGGGAUCCACUCCUAUCACCACCGAGCAAACUCAUUGUCUCUCCUAUUGAAGAGCAGCAUCCCUUAGAAUCAAGGCGGGCCUGGGCCAAGGUAGCAGCUGCUAUUACCAAGGGUGACCUUGAGACAGUCAGUGUGGAAAAGAGCAAGAUCGAGAAUGCCCAGCGGCAGGCGAGGGCCAAAGAAAGAGCCGAGGGCCGCACUUGGCAACGGCGUUACUUCACAGCUCAAAAUGAUGUGCCAGAUCCGAUCCUCGCUAACCUUGGGCCGAUUGUAGGGUUACCAACGCACGGUGAUUCUGAUAAGACAGGCGGUCUUUGGCGGUUUGACUUCGAGAAGGCAGAGGCUGCACGCAACGAGCCUCGGCUGAGCCAGGAGGAUGCUGCCAAAAUUGCGAGAGAGCUGCUGGGACAGUGA